GCGGCCUGGGAACCGCAACCCGCAGCCUUGCGAGCCUCCGAGCCAUGGCGUGCGCCGGGUUGCUCGCUGUGUGCUUGCUCCGGCCACCCGCGCCCCAGCCGCCGCGACACUCUGCGCCUGCCGCGGGACACGCGUUAUUCCAGGAUGUUUUCCGCAGAGCAGACAAGAAUGACGAUGGGAAGCUCUCCUUUGAAGAAUUCCAGAAUUACUUUGCUGAUGGGGUUCUCAGCUCAGUGGAGCUGCGGGAACUGUUCAGUGGGAUCGAUGGGCAUCUCACCGACAAUUUAGAGACAGAGAAACUGUGUGACUAUUUCUCCAAACACCUGGGCGUCUAUCGGCCUGUGCUGGCAGCACUGGAGUCACUGAACCGUGCAGUGCUCACUGCCAUGGACACGACAAAGCUGGAGUACGAACAGGCCUCCAAGGUGGACCAGUUUGUCACACGGUUCCUGCUUCGAGAGACUGUGAGUCAGCUACAAGCCCUGCAGAGCUCCCUGGAGGGGGCAUCAGACACCCUGGAGGCCCAGGCCCGAGGUCAGCGGCUGAAUGAAGAACACAUGCAAGUGCACAGCAGAUCCCGCAGCAGCCGGCGGGCAGGGCGCAGAGCCCUGAAGAGCAUCAGCUGGUUACCAGCCUGGUCUCCUGGAUCCUCUGAUACAGGGUGGACUUCAGAGGCUGAACUGCAGUGGCAGCUGCAGGUCAAUCGCCUCCAGGAGCUCAUAGACCAGCUUGAAUGCAAGGCACCCCGUCUGGAACCCCUGCAAGAGGACCUUGCCAAGGGGCCUGACUCGCACAUCCUUGUGGCGCAGAGACAGGUCCAGGUGGCAGAGGAUGCCCUGCAGGAUUUUCACCGUGCCCUGUGCUGCUACAUGAACUUCACAGGGGCCCAGAGCCAUUGUCUACAUGUGUCUGCCCAGAAGAUGCUAGACCAUGCUUCCUUCACCCUCUAUGAGUUCUGGCAGGAUGAAGCCUCCUGGAGAAGGCACCAGCAGUCGCCCUGCAGCAAGGCUUUCCAACGCACUCUCAUCGAUCACCUGCAGGCCCCGGACACUCUCACCACUGUGUUCUUCCCAGCCUCCUGGUGGAUUAUGAAUAAUAACUGAUUCGGGUCUGCUUAAACUGGUGACUCUGCAGCAUGGCCCAUCACUCAGAGCCUUCUGCACUGGUCAACUCUACACUAGACCAAGAAGCCUGCCUGUUCUCAGGCUAAGGGCCUGAUCAGCUGGUAGAGGGGCUUAGCACAGGGAUCAGGGACUGGGUUGCCUGCUUAUUUAUUUUGCUGUUUGUAGCUUCCAAGCACCUGGGCUUCUGCCUGACUCGGGAAGCCCAGAUCCUGGUUCCCUUGUCCUCUGCCUUGGUGUGUGACCCAGGCAGAUCCCUUCUCUCUCUGGCUGCCUAGGAGUGUCCUGCUUUCUGUUGUUUUGGGGUUAGGUUUCUGUUCUUCCUCAACCAGUGGCAGAACCAGGGCUGAUGCUCAGGGACCCCUCAAACCCUGGGACCUUGACCCCUGAGGCUAGGCCAACUCAGUCUGUAGUGUAGAAACCCAGGAUGUCUAUCACUCUUCUUGGUCAGAUCUAGAAUUUCUAGCAUCAAUUUGUUGUACAAGAGACCUCUGGAGUAUCCUGGGUUGGUUUGCAUGUCAUUUGCAUACUAUUUGCAUGUUUUGCCCCACCCAUUCUCAGGGCACUAUGAGAAGCCCCAAGAAGACCUUGCAGAGUAGCAAUAAUUUGGGCCUAGAGUUGCCUGUUGCCCCCAGAGAUCUCUGAAUCCAAGUUUAGGACCCCAGCACAGAGGCAAUAAAGUUGGUGGUUACCUGUG